CAAUACAAGGCACAGUUUGUUGUGCUAGGAAACAGGAUUCAUUCUGUAACAUUUAAACUUCCAGCAAAGGAGAAACAAAGCUGAAGCUGCAUCAUGUUGUUUUGGUAUGUGUCCUGUGAUUUUUAGGAAUCUGAUAACACUAAUAUUGAAUCAUGGGCAAGGAUGCAAUUUUGUCAUUUGAACGAAGAAAUCAUUUAGAAAUAACCCUAAUCACCAUCUUGGGAACCAGGAAGGCAAGACAGCAGCCAUGACUUCAGUUUUACCCAGUCAGAAACAGAUGGGGAGUGGAACAUAUACAUUUUCCAGCCAUCCAAGAGUUGUACAAAAUCGCAGGAAAUACAGAGGAGUUCAGCCAACUGUGACUGAAGAAACAUUCACUUAUGGAAACAUUAUGUAUGACAGACGGGUGGUUCGAGGCAAUACCUAUGCACAACAUAUUUUACCGUUGUCUGCUCAACCAGACCCAAUUGAGAUCCAAAGGCAGCAGGAAGCCCAAAGGAGAGCUCUGGCAAAGAAACGAGCCAAGGAACUUUUAAGGCCCAGAACACCAGAAGCAGUAGAGGGAAGAAAACAUAUUGAUGUGCAGACAGAGAUGUAUCUAGAAGAACUUAGUGACCGUGUUGAGGAGAAAGACAUGGAAUGCCAGACUGAUGCUUUUCUGGACAGGCCUCCCACACCUCUCUUUAUCCCAGCAAAAACAGGUGCAGAUGUAGCAACACAGAUUCUGGAGGGAGAGCUGUUUGAUUUUGACCUGGAAGUGAAACCCAUGUUGGAAGUUUUGGUUGGCAAGACAAUUGAGCAAGCACUCCUUGAAGUGAUGGAAGAGGAGGAACUUGCCCAAUUAAGGGCACAACAGCAUGCUUUUGAAGAGCUGCGCAAUGCAGAACUUGCCGAAGCACAGCGUCUAGAAGAGCAGGAGAGAAGGCACAGGGAGGAAAAAGAACGACGCAAGAAACAGCACCGUGAGAUCCUACUUAAGGAAAAGGAGACUGCAGAGAAGGUGGCAGCACGGGCUUUUGCACAGCAGUAUCUUGCUGAUUUGGUUCCUUCUGUGUUUAGCAGUCUAAGAGACAAUGGAUAUUUCUAUGACCCUGUGGAAAGAGAUGUAGAAACAGCAUUCAUGCCUUGGUUAAUGGAAGAGGUGGAAAAUAUUAUGAAGAAGAAUGAUCUUGGCCGAACUAUGCUUGAUAUGAUAAUUCGGGAUGUUGUUAAAAAACGAUUAGCUGAUUUUCAGAAAGUGACAUCACAAGAAUCUUUAGUCAAAUCUCAAGGACAAGAAGUAAAAUCAGAAGAAUCAGUAAUGCAGCCUCACAACCCAGACAUGGAAGCCACACAUCCAGAACUGCAACUGAAGGACCCAGAAACAGAACCCAAAGAUGAGAUCCCAUUGGAUAUAUAGCCAGUUUGGGGAAAAAGAUACAACAUAAGUUAAGAUCUACACUGAAAAAAACAAGACCAAACCCAUAAUUAAGAAUGAAUAAAUGGACAUGGCCACAGGACAACGGCUAAUACAACAACCUCAUUGUAUUCUUCCAGAAAUCCUCUUAUAUUGCUUUACUGUUUUCACUGUUGAUACUUCAGUUGUUUUGUUUUCUAUAAGCAUUCAAAAGACAAAUAGAGCCCAGUAAAAUUAAGGCUAUAAAUGCUGUACUUUUUGUUUUGCUUUUUUUUGUAGCAGCCUACAGAACAGAGCCAAGUUUUUAUUGGGAAGGUUCACAUCACAUAAGAAGUCCCGAGUGGAACUCUAAUUUUCUUCUUUUAAAACAAAAAAAAUGUUUAUUCUCAGUCAUCAGAGUUAAUAGGGAAACCAUACAAUAUACUGAAAGUGAAGAAUUAUGUAUUAACAUGCUUUCUAUUACUAAACUACAACCUAUCAGUCAUACUGUGUUAUGAUGCCGAUAUGAAAGCUGGCGACUGUGCUGCUUUUUAUAUAGCUCUGCAAUAAAUAUCUUUAAAUACA